GUGUCCCCAGCCCUGAUUGGGGGUGUCCCCAACCCCUCCAGGGUGCUGCUGCUGCAGAUGCAAAACCUGCACGGGCUGCGGAGGGGGAAGGGCGGGGACAGCAGUGACAGUGACAGCGACAGUGACAGUGACAGCGAGCAGGAGGGGGAGGGCAGGGAGCCACAGCUGCUGCUCAUCAUGGCCCCCCACUACGGGGGCAUCAACAGGCUGCGGGUGACGUCCCUCGGGGGGUCCCCGGUCGCGGCCGUGUGGUCGGAGCGGGGCCAGGUGGAGGUGCUGGCUUUGAGGGGGGCCCUGGGGGCCCUGGGGACGGAAUUUGGGGAGGGGGAUUUGGGGAGGGGGCCCAAGAGCGUCCAGCAGGGAGCCCUGCCCGCGCUCGCCACCUUCAGCGGCCACAUGGACGAGGGGUUCGGGCUGGACUGGAGCCCCCUGAGCCCAGGCCGGCUGCUGUCCGGGGACGUGCGCGGGCGCAUCCAUCGCUGGGAGCCGCGCGAGGGCGGCUGGGCCGUGGACCAGCGGCCGCUGCUCGGCCACGGCGGCAGCGUCGAGGACAUCCAGUGGUCGCCCAGCGAGGCCUCGGUGAGGGUGGCAAAAGCAUCUUUUGUCUUCUGAAAAAGGAAAAAAAGCUUCAAAGUUUCUCUUAGCCAUUAGGGGAAAAGGUGCUUUGUAAGAUCUUAGGGGCUUCGCCAAAAACUUGAGGGCGGCUAAUGGGAUGGAAGCUGAAAAGUCUCGUUUGAACCAUCAGGUAGAAAAAGAGAAAAAAGAGCUGAGGGCUUUUGUGAGGUGUUUUUACCAGGAGCAGAUUUCUGUACUUGGCUGCAGUUUUUCCGUUUGUUAUUUUGCCUUUUAUUAAAUCUUUUUGUUCCUAAUGCUGCAGCAGAAGCCACGGCUGCAGUUUUUCCGUUUGUUAUUUUGCCUUUUAUUA